CGGCACCGCAGCCAUCUUAGGUGUGGGCAUAGUGCCCGUUCUCACUACGAAUCUGCGGAGCGGGGUUAGUUUUGUCUCCUCCAGGCGGUCAGAUUGAAUGGGGGAAAGAACGGAGCGCGUCGCGCCUGCGCUCUGUGUAAUUAUGACCACUCAAAAGGAGGAGCAGCCUUACCCUUUCGUAGAUAUAUAUGAUGAAGAUGAAGCUGACAGAACCUUUCUUCUGUCUAAGCCCACCUGCUUCAUCAUUCUUGGAAAACCAGGUGUUGGGAAGAAUACAUUAGCCAAAAAAUUAGCACAGUUUUGGAAGUGCACACUCAUUAAUGCUUUAGAGCUUAUAGAUGAGAACAUAACCGCAGAAACAGAAUAUGGAAUUCAGAGUAAAGAAUUGCUUUACCAAGGUCAAAGUGUUCCGGAAGAAUUGAUUAUAAAGAUGCUUCUGAAUAAGAUUGAAUCGCCAGAGGUUAUGCACUUUGGUUAUGUUCUGUGUGACUUUCCAUCUCUUUCAGAAGAAUUCAUGAGUAUACCAGAACAAAUAGAGGCAAUUAGAAAUUUAAAAUUAAAAGCCGAUGUCCUCAUUAAUAUUAAGUGUCCUGAUUAUGAUUUGUGCCAAAGACUCUCUGGGCAAAGACAGCUCCCUGAUACAGGACAAGUAUUUCAAAGGACAGAGUGGGAUCCCGAUAUUAUUGAAAAGCGUAAGAAAAAAAAGAAGGAACCACGUAAAACAACAGAAGAGGAAGAGGAGGAGGAAGAACAGGAGGAGGAGGAGGAGGAAGAAACAGCUGAGGCAAUAGCUGACCAGAUCAUGUUAACGGAAAUUCUGCCACAUUUAGUACAAAGACCAGAAGACUUUUUGGAAAAUACACAAGAGAGAAUUGCGAUCUAUAAGGACACUAUGCUGCAUCCCCUAGAGGAAUUAAUGGCCGAACAGGAUUCCCAAUAUCUUUUUGAAUUAGAUGGGAAUAAAACCCCAGAAGAACUCUUUGCAUCAGUAAUAAUCCGCCUCCAGUCCAUGGGCCUGAGAAAUGGAGCACUUAUCACCAAACUUCAGAGUGCAGAGGAAGAAAUAUUAGAUGGACUGGAGACCGAUGAACUUUUCCGGGUGCUCGGGAGCUAUAAACUUGUAGCUCCAAGAUACAGAUGGCGCCGCAGCAAGUGGGGGCGAGCAUGUCCUGUGGCUUUAAAAGGCGGUGAAAUCAUAAUGGGAUCACCAGAUUUUGCUGUUAGUUUCUUAGGUAAAAUGUACAUGUUGUCAUCUGAAGAAGCACAGAGAGAGUUUAUGUUGAAUCCUCGUCCCUACCUCCUAUCACCUAUGCCGCUUCCACCUUGCAAAGUAUUAAUAAUUGGACCUCCGCUUUCUGGGAAAUCAACCCUGUGUGAUUUGGUUGCAGACUAUUAUCACGGAAAGGUUCUGGAUACAGAGUUUCUUCUAAAAAGGCAUUAUGAAGAAGCAAGAAUAGAACUCAUUGAGCAGACUCGUAUUGAAGCAACAGAGGCAGGCAUUGCCCAAGUGAAGGAAAAACGAGAAAUAGAACGCCAGUUAAGGGAGCAAGCUCUACUUGCUGCCCAAGAACUCUCUGAGAAGGAUGCUGAUGAAUAUGAAGAAAGCCUUCACAUUGAUGAGAAAAGUUCAACACUGCCUAGUGAGUCAACAUCUGCUAGCCAAAAAGAGAGUAUUACCCUAAAAGAGAGUGGCACCAUAAAAGAAGAAGAUGAAAAUGAAGAGCUAUCCUCAUUCCAAACUACAGAUCAAACUGAAUUGUCAGCAGAGCAAACUGAAUCAGAGGUUUCUCCUGACCAUCCAGAAGUCCAAGAAGUGGUUCAGAAAGCAGUAGAAGCUGCAAUGUUAGCACCAAUAUUGCUGCCCCCCAAAGCGUAUACUGAAGUAUUGGAAGAAGCCAUUACAGCGGUUUCUCAAACGAAUCAAGACAGAUAUCCUGGAGCUCCAGCAAAAGGAGGAUGGGUAGUAGAUAAUUUCCCCCCAUUGUCGGAACACUGGGCAGCUUUGGCAGAGAAUGGACUUCUACCUGAUAUUGUGAUUUGUCUGAAGAAUGCUCAACAAAAUGGGAGAAUUUUAUUAACUAGAUUGUACCAAGCAAAUAAAGAAGAAGUUGAUGCUAAGAUUAUACAAAGACUAACAGAUGAAGCUUUAAAGAAGAAACAAGAGGAAGAAGCAGCAAAAAGAGAACUGCAAGAAAUGUUGAGAUUGCAAGACGAAGAAUCUGCAGAAGACAGAGAAUCCAUGGACUUCCUGGAGCAUCCAUCUGCAGCUGAAUCACAAUCCAAAUCUCAGUCUGGGACUGAUUUAACAGUACAACAUACUGAUUCUCCUAAAGAGAAGGAAAAAUCUAAAGAAUCAGAACUGUCUGAGCGUCAGCUUGAAGCACAGUCAUCUGAAGAGUCCAAAGAACAUGAAGAAUCAAAGUCAGAGUCAAUAGAACGCCAUGAAAGUGAAUUAAAAGAGGAGUCACAUCUUGAAAUACUGAAAAGCAUUGCAUCUGAACUAGGAAUAACGUUUCCUGAGUAUCCUGAAGAUGGUUUCCCAGAUGUGGCUGAAAUGGAACCCCUUAAAAACAAAGUGCUUCAGUUCACACAACGUUGGCAAAAAAUGGAGGCAACACUUGCAGAAUCACCGUUAGUUCAGAUUGCUGAGUUAGAGAUCGAAGGGCAAACCGCACAGAUGCUCCUGAACCAGAGCAUUCUAGCUAUGGAACAACCUUUGAAGUAUCAUGGCUGGGAAUUUGGUCCUGAAGAUGAGGAAGAAGAACAAGAAGAUUUGCAGGCUGAAGCAGAGGCGUUGGCAGAGGAGGAGGAGGAGGAAGAGGAAGACGAAGAUGAGGAGGAUGAUGAAGAAGAAGAAGAAGAUGAAGAAAAAAUUGCUCAGAAGAAGAGACACUUGGGAGACACCAAGCACUUUUGUCCAGUGGUUCUGAAGGAAAACUUCAUCCUUUGCCCGGGACUUACUGAAAACACUGCUAAGUAUCGAGAAAAAUUCUAUUACUUUGCAACCCCAGAAUACAGAGAUAAAUUUUUGGAAACCCCAGAAGAGUACCUGUCUCACAAUGAACCAUUAAAAGCUCCCCCCAUACGGAUAUGUCUUUUAGGCUCUCAUGGAGCAGGUAAAACAGUCUGUGCCCGCUGGUUAGCAGACAAACUAGGUAUUUUCCACAUUCAGUUUGAAGAACGUCUACAGGAACUGAUCAUGAUCAAAACAGGAAAUAGAGUAGGACCAGAAGAUGAGGAUGAAGAUGAGGAAGAAUCUUCAAUUCAGGAAAUGGCAGAAUCUGCUCCUACUGUUCAUGGCAGUACAACUGAAACGGAAUUUGAGAGUGAAGAUGAUAGUUAGCGAACCCAAGAGAAAGAAAUGCAGCUAACAGAUGAGGAAGAAGCAAUCAAGGCAAACAUAAUAGAAAAUGAACCCAUACCCCCUGAGGUACUUGACAAUAUUGUUCCUGAAUGGUGGAUGAAGGAACCAUUUCGAUCGACAGGGUUUGUCCUGGAUGGUUUCCCCCGAACUGGGGAUGAGGCUCAAUAUUUAGGAGAACAUUUGCUUUGUCCUGAUGCUGCAGUCUUUCUUGAAGUUGAUGAAGAUGAUGUUGUUGACCGGAUUCUCCCCAUGCGGGUGCAAAAAUGGCGUGAGAAACAAGCUAAGAAAAUGGAAAAGAAAAAGCUGAUGAAAGAACUAAAGGAGAAGAUCAGAGGUGACCUAAUUGCCAGAAGAAGAGCAGAACUUAUUGCUGAACAACUAAAAAGGAAGUCUGAUACGUCUAGAUUUGAAGAUCUAGAUGAAGAGGAUGAUGAAGAUGAAGAUAUUGAAGCUCUUCUAGAAGAAGAGUUUCCCAGGGAAGAUGAUGAUGCUGAAGAUGAGGAAGAGGAACAGGAGAGUGAUGCUAUUGACCGCAUGAAAACUGAAAUUUCAGAGAAAUAUGAGACAGAUAUUGCUAGCAUACAAAAUGUACAGGAGGAACUUGAAAAACUACUGAUACCUCAAAUAAUUAUUAGCUCCAAGAGGAAACCUCACAUUGUUUGCUACCAGUUGUAUAAAAAGCUGAAGGACUUGGUAGAGAACCGUGAAAGCAUUUUUGAGAAAUGUUAUCCAUUAAGAUUUCCCCUUGCACGCAAAAUGAUAGGCCUUUCCUACAAACACCCAAGUAAUUUUGGUCAGUGGGACCCUGUUAGGCUAAGUGAAGGAGAUGCUAUCAAGCCAUAUCAACACCAAGAUACUCCGAGUUAUCCUGUUCUCCAUCGAAACUGUAUUUAUUUCUUUACAAGCAAAGAAAAUAGAGAAACAUUUAUGAAAAAUCCCAUCAAAUAUCUCCGCCAACCUAAGCCUAAACCCACUGUGCCAGUGAAGAUUGCAAUUGUGGGACCUCCAAAAUCUGGAAAGACAACAGUUGCCAAAAAAUUUGCAAGUACAUACGGACUGAUGCGUCUUUCCAUGGGAGAUGCCAUCCGUUGGGUGUUACAGAAUCAGCCGGAGACUGAACUCGCACUUGUGUUGUUGUGGCACCUUCAUAAAGGGAUGACGGCACCUGAUGAACUUGCCGUGAGGGCUCUGGACAUUGUAUUGAUGGACACAGUGUGCAACACUUCAGGAUAUGUUAUUGAUGGGUACCCAGUAACAAGAAAACAAGUAGGUCUUUUAGAAGAAAUGAAAAUAAUUCCAGUAAAAAUUUUUGAGUUACAAAUCGAUGUGAAGGAGGUUUUCAGAAGAGCACUACUGGAUAAACAAACUUCUGAAAGACUUCCUUAUCCCGCGCACGACAGCUCUCAUAUUCUUUCUGUCAAGAACUCAUGUUACAAAGCACAGACUGAAGAAAUCAGACCUUACUAUGAAGAGCAGCACCAGAACUGGUAUGUGGUUGAUGCAACCCACAGCAAAUGGUGGAUAUGGAACAGAGUGCUUGAGGAUACUCAAGCUAUCACAAAACAAAUCCAGACAUAUCUUGAAAGAAUACGGCAAGGAAAAGCAGCCAGUAUUGCUGAUAUGUGUAUCAUGCCACAAGAACUGCUGUCUCGACUGGGAGAGUUUGGGCAGUACUGUCCUGUCAACCUUGCAGAAAAAGGCGAGCUUGUCGAUUGUUCUGUCUCUCCUUCACUGCGCUUUGCGGCAGAGUUUCGAGGACAUUAUUACAAAAUGGCUGGGCAGGAGGAACUGGAUAAAUUCCUGAAUGCACCAGAAUUAUAUGUUCCCCCAUUGGCACCUAAUCCUCUUCCUCUCCCAAAUAAAUUACCAAAGAGACUGACUGCAGCAGAUGUGAAGGCUUUGUUCCCUAUGCAAGCUGAAAUGCAAGGAUACUGUCCAGUUACUUACCUAGAUGGGAAGCAAAGGUAUGAAGCACUGAUACCUGGUGACACUGAAUAUGCUGUACUUUAUUGCAAAAAGCUAUAUAUCUUUGAAAGUGAAGAGAAACUUCAAAAGUUUAUGAGGCUACCAGAAAAAUACUGGGAUCAGAAACUUCCACAUAAACUUCCCCCAAUGAAAGAACCAAUAAUGCUGACGGCUCUUCCCCUGAUGGGAUACCUUGAACAGGGUGUGGCGACAGCUCUGAUAAAAGCAAUGAAUGAAGUAGGUUGUUUAAAACCAAAAUUUCCAUUUCUCAGUGUGAAAAAGACUGCUCUGCUGUUCAUAGCCUAUCAUUUAAAAGCAUAUAACCCCAGGAGCUCUGACUAUGUGCGAAAGAAGUACAAGAGGAAAUUGGAUCGGUUCAUAGAUCACUGUGAACUUAUCCCAUAUCUGGGAACCAAAAUGACACAAAAGUACAAGGAACCUCAAAAUCGGCCUAUUGACUUUGAUCACAAAUUACGGACCUUUCUGUCUCUCAAAGAUGUGGACCCAGCCUCUCAGUAACUUAGAAUUACAGACAAUGAAAAAUGUCACACAUUCAUCUAAGUUCAUAUUUGUGGGUUCUGCCUUCCAAAGGACAGUGGUUCAAACUGAUGUUUAGGCUUCUAACACUCUACAUGCACAAACCUGUACUAAAGUUCCACAACUGUUAAUGCAACAAUUUGCAAAAUGCAGUUUACAGAUCUAGCACUAAUAAUUUACACAGCUACUUGAAAGAUUCCAUUGAAUCAUAAGCACCUUUCAUUGGAAGUAACCUGUGUUCAAUCUUAAUUUUAAGUAAAUGUAUGUACAAGUGGGGCAAACGUCUACCACAGUCUUCCAGUCCUCAAUGAAUACCCUAAAAAGGCAUUCUGUGAUGAGGUCAAAGCAUUCUGACAUUUCGUAAACUCUGCUAGGCUCCUGGUGGAAGAAGCAACACUUGUCAUUCCUGUCUGGUUUUGAAGCACUGAGAACAAUUCUGAGCUUAGUAUGAACAUUUCCUUGGACUGGGGAUGUCACAGAUAGUUUGGGAUACUACAUAUUCAGAGUCUCUCCUAUUUUGCCUACAUUAUGCUCCCAAAUCCCCAAUCUCCCCAUUUCUUUUCUCUGAUUAUGUGGAAUGAUGUGCUGGAUGGAUGAAUCAAGACUCGAUCUUCCCUUUCCAGAAUCGGAGCUCUGUCACCAAUGCUGGAAUUUCCAAUCUAAUCUAUAAUCUCUGGGAAGGAUAUGGUUCCAAGGUCUGUAAGAUUAUAGUUUUAUUGUUUGUUACUGUUUUAAAGUGUCACUGAAAAAAUUCCAACCUAACAAUGUUCUUUAUUGCUGUUAAAGUUUUAAUGCAUUUUUAUUUCAAUCCAUUUUAUUAUGAUAGUUUUUGAUAAAUACUUUUGA